GAAUUUAUGGGAGGAGACUUGGGGGAUUCAUAGAACCCCGGAGGGGGCCAACAAAGAGCUGGCGACAGACUGAGCAAUCACCAAAGCUGGAGGGGACAGAGGGCUGGAAUAGGGACGCUGACAGAGGCAAAAAUCUGCUAACUCAGGGGGCAGACUCAACCAGGGCUGCGAACAGGCCUGGGGGAUGACCCCCCGAUCUCGAACCAGCGCCUUCCACGGCUGCACGGCUGUCUCAAGCUGUCUCUGCCUCUGUGCCUGGCCCUUGCCCUGUCCCUCGCUAGCAUCACCCUUACCUGUGCCACAUGGGCCCUCUGACUCCUACCAGGACCAUGCGACUCUGGGGGCCUCGGAGCCUGGGGGUGGCUCUGGGAGUCUUCAUGACCAUCGGAUUUGCCCUCCAGCUCUGGGGGGGGCCCUUCCAGAGGAGGCUACCAGGCCUGCAGCUCCGACAGCCCUUGGCCCCAUCUCCAGGAUCGGCUGUUUCCUCCUGCCUGCCCCGGCAGCGACUUGUGUUCCUGAAGACGCAUAAAUCUGGGAGCAGCUCUGUGCUGAACCUGCUUCAUCGCUAUGGGGACCGACACGGGCUGCGCUUUGCCCUCCCUGCCCGCUACCAGUUCGGCUACCCAAGGCUUUUCCAGGCCUCUCGGGUCAAAGGCUACCACCCUCAAGGUGGAGGUACCAAGCCGGCCUUCCACAUCCUCUGUCAUCACAUGAGGUUCAACCUGAAAGAGGUACUUCAGGUCAUGCCUUCUGACAGCUUCUUCUUUUCCAUUGUCCGAGACCCCGCAGCUCUGGCCCGGUCUGCUUUCUCCUACUAUAAAUCCACCUCAUCAGCCUUCCGCAAGGCACCAUCCUUGGCCGCCUUCCUGGCCAAUCCUCGAGCCUUCUAUCGACCUGGGGCCCGUGGGGACCACUAUGCACGCAACUUGCUGUGGUUUGACUUUGGUCUCCCCUUCCCUCCAGAGAUGAAGACCAAGAGAGGGAAUCCUCAUCCACCUAGAGACCCCAACCUCCCACAGCUGAAUGUUUUGCCUUCUGGCACUGGACCCCGAGCCCAACACCCCUUGGAUCCCAAUGCUAUCUUCCAUCCUGCUCCCACAGUUGCUGGUGGUCACAGCCAGACAUCCAGCCCUGCCUCUUUAGAUUUGGGAUCUUCGUCCUUCAUCCAGUGGAGCCUGGCCUGGCUGGACUCUGUCUUUGAUCUGGUCUUGGUGGCCGAGUACUUUGAUGAGUCAUUGGUUCUACUGGCAGAUGCUCUGUGCUGGGGUCUGGAUGACGUGGUGGGCUUCAUGCACAAUGCCCAGGCUGGGGGUGAGCAGGGCAGAGGCGCUGUCAGCAAUGGUGGAGUGACCACUGAGGACAGGCAGCUGAAUGCACGGGCCCGAGCCUGGAACCACCUGGACUGGGCUCUCUACGUUCACUUCAACCACAGUCUGUGGGCACGGAUAAAUCAAUACGGCCAGAGCCGGCUGGAGAGUGCUGUGGCAGAGCUCCGGGCUCGCCGAGAGGCCCUGGCUAAACAUUGUCUAGAGGGGGGUGAGGCUUUAGACCCCAAAUAUAUCACUGACCGACGGUUCCGCCCUUUCCAAUUUGGGUCAGGUAAGGUUUUGGGCUACGUACUUCGGAGUGGACUGAGCCUCGCAGACCAGGAGGAGUGUGAGCGUCUGGCUACCCCUGAGCUACAGUACAAGGACAAGCUAGAUGCCAAGCAGUUUCCCCCCACAGUCUCUCUGCCCCUUAAGACUUCAAGGAUACUCUCCCCCUAGGCAUCAGACCACUAAGUCUUAGGCUGAAGAGCAGCGAAGCUACGAGGGCACACACGACUGAGUAUGGGGCGGCCAGAUGCCACUUCUGCUUCCCCCUGAAAGCAUGUCUGUGCCCUAGAGGUUGAAUGAAACUUUGCACAGAUGUGGGUACCAAGUCUUCCAGCCCGUGCCAAGGCAUUCCAGGCAUUCAGCUCCUUGCAGUACCGCCCCCCCCAUUUUCCCCCUUCCCCUUUCCAACCCCCUGGGAGGUCCCUAUAGCACUCUCAAAGAUCCCCCCCAGAGGAGCAAAUCAUGGAGUAGGCAAGACAAAAUUUGGAACGUGUGGGUUGGAAUAAUGCGUCCAUUUCUCUAUGAAUUAUUUGGUUCUGGACUAUGCUCAUUUCACUGUGAAAUGUUUGUUGAAUGAAUAAAUAAUUUGAACCUUU